AAACGUUAAUUUAAAAAUUAAAAUUCGGUUACGACGUGUAAAGGGAGGAAAUCCAAUUCCAUUGGACCCACCCAGCCACCGAAGUGUUGGGUUGUUCAGGUGCCAGUGAUGAAGCGUUAGGGACAGUAUUGCAAUUUGAUGCAAAGCUAACAAGAAUCGCAGAGGCGCCGAAAUUGCAGUAUGCAGAGUAAUGCACACUGAUAGAUAGAAUGUGAUCAGUGACCACACAAACACAAACACAAACACAAACCCCAAAGCAUAACUUCCUCUGUCCUCAUAAUCAAAAGGGUCCCGGCGCAACGUGACAACCAAACGAGUAUACCAAUGGCAGCAUUAGACUAUUUUAUUAGUAGAUUAUUACGAUUUCUAUUCACUAGAUUAUUAGAUUAGAUUUUCAAAUUUUAAUUUUAAUUUAAAAGCGUCAACACUAAAAUCGAAGUCACAAAAUUAAAAUGGAAAGCAGCAAUGUUGGUAUGUGGAGGCAAGAAAUGAUGAUGAUGGAAAUAGAGCACCAAGUGUUUGUUUCAGAUGAGAUUGACCUCGAUUACGAGUUUGAUGCUGCUCGCUUCUUCGAUUUCACUCAACAAGAACCUCUUGCUCAAGCUCGCCAAGCCGAACUUUGGUUCCAAACCGCUGCAACCUACGCUCCUUCUCCUUUUGUGGCAAAUCAUGUUCUGAAAGAGGAAAUCGCGGUCACAACUACAACCACAGUUCAUCAUCCCAAACCUAACGUUCUUCAGCAUUUUGGUUCAAAAUCAGUGAGUGGAAGUGGUAAAAUCUCUGGAUUAUUAGGUGGAGUUCACCAAAAUGUGGCCAUGCAACCAGGACUGACUUUUAAUAGCAAGACAACCGGUGACGGUUUGAAUUCUAAGGCUAAAUUUGCUAGAGUGAAGCGUUCAUCAACACUGAUGAAACCUACAGCUAGUCAAUUGGCUAAGCAAAACAGCCCCGCUCAAAUUGUUGGAUCGAGGUUUCAGAAGGUACUAGCUCAUAAGAAGGAGAUUAAUUUAGCUAACUCUUCUGAGAUAGAGAGUCAAGCAGCCAAGCGGCAGAAAUUAGAGAGUGGUCUCUUGUGCAAGGUUGGUGAUGUGAAGCCACAAACUAAUUUUGUCCACAAGACACCUAAAAAGAUUGUAACUGCUGAUCAAAACUCUGGAUGUUCCAAGCUUAAGAUAACUGUUCCUAGAGAGCCUGACCUAGAAACAUCUCAUAGAGCACAAAGGAUUAGACCCAAGAAUGCUGCAGAAACAGAAUUUGUGACAGUGGCUCUCCCCAAAUUCAAAGCACGUCCGCUAAACAGAAAAAUUCUUAAUGCUCCUUCAUUACCACUUCCCAAGAGGACCACAGCACGGUUGCCAGAAUUUCAAGAAUUUCACCUCAAUACAUGGGAAAGGGCCAUGCAGCAUACAUCUACUACUUCAUCAUCAACACUUCCAUGCAAUGUUUCGGCUAAGGAUUUGGACAAACAUGCUACGGUUUCUGCUCCACAAAAUAGAACCAAGGAUUUGAGAAGGCCAUCUGUGACAGAUGCUCUAAAUCAUAAUGGAUUGGAUUGUGGGCAUAAUUUUAAAGCUCGGCUAAUUAAUAAGAAGAUACUUUCAAGUAAAGGAGAUAUUGGUGUUUUCCACAACAUUAAGCAGGAAAUCACUGUGCCGAUGGAAUUUAAUUUCCGUACAGAAAAGAGGGCUCAACAUAACCCGCCAAUUGAACUCUUUAGUAAGUUGUCCCUAACAUCUGGAGCUCAGUCAACUAAUGGAUCUAAGUCGAAACUACGUCCACAUUUCAAAGUGUUCAGAAAGGAUUCAAAAGAAAAUAUGGGAACUUCUUUUCAUCUGAACCAAAAGGAAAGUCCUUUCAUAGUUGGAGAAAAAGAUGAACAAAAUCAUAGUGGGAGUGACAGUUGUAUCAGUGAAGUUGGUAAUCUGUUGAGUGCAAGGAGGAGCUUGGGAAUUCGGUGACAGCAAUUUUUACAAACGAGGCAAUUUUACAAGACUUUUGUUAUGCACACCAGAAUUUUCCAGGCGAAAUUGAGAGCCAAUUGAGACAUAACCGAAUCUUAUAGGUCCAAACAACUCUUCUCAGAUUGUUCCUUCUGUACAGAGAAUCAUACAAAAUUAGGACAUAGUGAGCAUAGAUUUCUUUUUAUUUUUAGUAGAAAGAAAUGGGCAUAGGUUUCUAAGUUCAUCACUCCUAUAUUGUACAAAUACUCCUAGAAAGUUUAAUUAACAUGAACACAGACGAUGAUUAUGAUUUACAUGAUGAAAAGUGUUUAUGUUUUCCAA